GCUGCUUCCCUUCUUUGGCAGCGAGCGACGCGGGUGUCAAUCCAGGAGCGGCGCUGUCGCCGCAGCCGGAGGGAACUCUUCCUGGGCCAGUCGCAAAGGCAGCCGGCCGCCUCUCUCUCCUCGCGCGCCAGGCCCGCUAUGGCCCAGGCCAAGAUCAGCAGCAGUCUGAGGAGCAGCAGUGGCGGCGAAGCAGCCCAGCAAGCGGGCGGUGGGCAGAUCCGAGGCCGCUUUUCCCGUUCCACUUCCAUGGCGGACCGCUCCAGCCGCCUGCUGGAAAGCCUGGACCAGCUGGAACGAAGGGUUGAAGCCUUGCGGGAUGCAGCAUCAUCAAUGGAACAAGAAAAAGAAACUCUUCUGGAAAUGAUCCAUAAUAUACAGAACAGCCAAGAUAUGAGGAAUAUUAGUGAAGGUGAAAGAGAAGAGCUCAACCUGACUGCCAAACGUCUGAUGGGCAGAACCCUCACAGUUGAAGUUUCCGUAGAAACUAUCCGAAAUCCCCAGCAGCAGGAAUCGCUGUUUCAUGCUACGCGGAUGAUUGACGAAAUAGUCAGUAAACUCUUAGAUGACUUAGAAGACUCCAGGAGCCGCUUAAUGUCACUUUAUGGAGCUUGUACAUCUGAGGUACCAUCUGGACCCAUUGAUCAGAAAUUCCAGUCGGUUGUAAUUGGAUGUGCUAUAGAAGAUCAGAAGAAAAUCAAGAGACGGCUAGAGACUCUACUAAGAAAUAUAGAAAAUUCUGAAAAAUCCAUCAUGCUCCUAGAGCAUCAGAAGACAACUAUCAAGCACCUCUGCAACAAUGGAAAAGAUUAAAAGCUACCCUUGUUUCCACAAAGCACACAAAAACAAAGGAAUGCUGCUCUUAAAAAUCCAAAGUCAUGGGGCUUCUCAAUGCAUAGCUGAUACUGUGGAAAUCUGAUUCAAUAGAGAACUUCUCCCUAACUCAGUCCUUGGCUGUUCAGAGCGCACAGAAGAAUAGCUGGAAAAAGAGAAUCCUAGAAAAUACCCUUACCAUAUACUGGGGGUAAAAUGUCCCUGACUUCAUUGGAGAUAAGGUGAAGACUAGUUAAAGAUUACUCCUGUGGGGCACUUGUCCUGUGGUGGCCAUGGGGUAAAGUACUAGUAUCAUUCAGCAGUUUUUAUUCCAUGACUUUUUGUUCCCUGCACAGGAAUUUAAGGGGGACAUGUACUGUACUUAUGGUGCCGGGUACAUCUGAUAGCUGUAACCUCAUGUAAUAUAACAGCAGUGACAAGCA